CUACUAGCCCAUCCUGCCGCAGGAGGCGGGACUUGUCCUAAUACGGCUGUGGAAAAACUGAGUUGCCGGUGAGCUUUAGGCUGCUGUCACGUACGCUAGCGGCGCAGCCGGAUGUUUUACAGCAGCAGCAACUGACAGGAACCACCAACCUUAUUUUAUAUACCGUGACCUUGCCAAGGGACAUCUCAUUUGAAUCAGGUGUCGUAAAGUUGGCUGCUACACAUCCUACACACACAGGAGCAAACGGAAAAUGCCUCUGGGUGAAGAGAAGAACGGGGCAUGCGAAAGGUCCAUAUAUGUUAACAAUCCCCAUUUGGAUUCUAUGAAAGAUGACAUCCUCUACCACUUUAACCUUGGAACAUCCACUCACGACAUCCCUACAAUGUUUGGAGAUGUCAAAUUCGUGUGUGUAGGUGGAAGUCCAUGGCGGAUGAAGUCUUUCACUGAAUACAUUGCCAAAGAAUUGGGACUAGCAGGCCCAAAUGCAGAAUACCCAAAUAUUUGUGCGGGGACUGAUCGCUAUGCCAUGUACAAAGUUGGACCUGUGCUGUCUGUUAGUCAUGGCAUGGGUAUCCCAUCAAUCUCUAUAAUGUUGCAUGAGCUUAUCAAGCUCCUCUACCAUGCACGCUGCACUGAUGUCACUGUAGUGCGCAUUGGAACGUCAGGUGGCAUAGGUUUAAAGCCAGGGACAGUGGUUGUUACCAAACAGUCAGUGGAUUCUAUGUUCCAGCCCUGUCUUGAGCAGAUUAUCCUGGGCAAACCAGUGGUCAGGAGCACAGAACUCGAUGGGGAACUUGCAGAGGAGCUGCUUCAGUGCAGCAAAGACCUUGCAGAGUUUGAGACUGUCAUUGGUAACACAAUGUGCACGCUAGACUUCUACGAAGGUCAAGCUCGGCUGGAUGGGGCGUUCUGCUCAUACACUGAAGAAGACAAACAGAGAUAUCUUACUGAAGCCUAUACUGCUGGGGUUCGUAACAUUGAGAUGGAGUCAUCGGUGUUUGCAGCCAUGUGUAAACUGAGUAAUCUUCGAGCUGCUGUUGUGUGUGUAAUACUUCUGGACAGGCAGAAAGGAGACCAGAUCACCAGCUCGCAUGAUGUCCUGAAUAACUACCAGCAGAGGCCUCAGGUUCUGGUUGGACAUUACAUCAAAAAGAAGCUGAAUGCAUUCAAGAAAAGCUAGUUUUGUACUUGCUAGAACAUUAAAGGCAGAAGAAGGGAACAGUACAGUGCUGAUUUGUUCAGGGCAAAACAUAAAGGUGCAUUUAGUAUUUUUUAUUUUUUUUUAUGUUGGGAAGUUACAUAGAUAAAGUAAGUAGCUGUUCGUCUGGACAUAAGAUCUCAACAUGUCAGCUCCAAUGUGUUGACCCGGUCCAUGUAAACUAAGGCUAAACUUGAAUCGUAUACUUCCAUACUACUUUUACAGAUUACAGAUACAGCAGAUAUUGUAAGAGUAGUGUGGUAGUAUGCAAUUCCGAAUUCAGCUUCAAACAUCUUGUAAUAGGCUACUGAUCUGAUGUGCGAGUACAUGAUUUUCAAAACUUUUUCAAAACAAGAACUAUUCAUGUCUUUGUGUUAAACUUUUUAAGUGAGGAAAAACAAUACUAAGUGCACUUUUAAUAAGCCGAAGAAACCAGCUCAAAUACGGUGACCGAUUUUAUUAAACAGAAAGUAAUAGAAAUACCUUUUAUUUAUUUUUCUCCAGUUAACCACUGCAGUUGCUAACAUGAUAUACUCAAGCAACCUCUUGCCUUGAAUGUACCAUAAUUGCUUAAUUGUUUGAAAUGGUUAUAGGCACAUUUUGUUCUAGACUAUGUUUGAAUUAUUUUAAAUGCAUGAUAAUUAUUAUUGUUUUAAAAUACAGCAGUCAUUAAACUACUCCUGAUGCAGUAAAAGGGAAAAAAUAAGAGGACUGAGAAGUUUUUACCACUUGUUGUAUUAGAAGGGUCCAAAGUGUAAAAGGGAAUUUUCCAGUUAACAGUAAACCUAUUUGGUUGGCUGUAUUGUUUUGUUUAAAUGUUACAAACAAAUGUUUGUAAAUUCUACUGUAAAAAUCACAAAUGUCUUAACUGAGUAAAUACAAAAUGUAUCCCUGAGUUUGCAAUUGUUCAACUUACAAAGUAUUAUUGUAAUCACACAAUGUUUUAUUUUAUAACAGAGUAAUAAAACACAAAGGUGCUUUAACCCUA